AUGAAUAAAGCCGAAAAUGUUUUCAAAUAAGAAAAAAUUUAAAUCUCUGAAUCUUAGGUUGCUCCUUUAGACAUCAUAUCAAUUAUUCAGUAAAAGUACGCUCAAAAAGCAAAUGAAUGUAACGAUUGUAAAACUAAACAUUAUCUAUUAGAGAUUAUCAUUAAUGAAAUUCCUGAAUCAUCAAAAAUCAUUGACUCGACUCUUCAAAAGCAAGAUAGCCAACAGUAGCUUAUAUUUCAAAAGGAUAUCUAUGCGAGAAGUUGAUCUAUAUUUAAAUUAAUGUAGAUUCCUUUAAGAGUGUGGGUUGCAUCUGUCGAAUUUGUGAGUUUUCAGAAUAUAAAGACAAUCCUCUAAUUCGUGUGUGUAAAUGUAUUAGAUCUCAAAAAUAUGUGCAUGAAUAUUGUUUGAAAAAACAAAUUAUCAAAAAAUAUAGAAAUAAACUUCAUUAAGCGAAAUGUGAAAUCUGUUCUGAUACAUAUUAAAUGGAACUCAAAAUCGAAAAAAUAUUCGCUCCUGUAUUUACAUCAUUCAUCUUUAGAAAACAGCAUGGUCGCAAAGUAAGGAUAAACUACCUUUAUUUUGUUUAUUGGUCUUUUUGAUUGUGAUGAUAGUCGUAGUAAUCUUACUUGGAAUUCGAUUGUAUGAACUUUAUUGUAAUUUAGAUCAGAAGCUAAUUAAAUUACUGAUCGGAAAAACUUUCUAGAUUCCAAAUCUUUCUUAAUUUUGUUUGUCAUCUUUUCCGUGAUUAUUAUUCUCAUAUUGUUGUGGCUAAUUGCAAUGAUAGUCAAAGGGUUGUUAAUUGUAGAGAAAAUUUAAUUUUGGAAACUAUUAGAAUUCAAACCAGUGAAGAAAUCUAUACUUAAUAAAAAUAUAUCAAUUUCAGACAUCAAACAAUCAUUUCGAAAAUCUAAACUAUGUACUGAGCAAGAAACAAUGUAAAACAGGACAAGUAGGCAUCAAAACACAUUUAAUGUAUAAAAGCAGAACUAGGAAGAUUAAUACAUUGAUGUUGGUGAAAUAUCUACGCAAAGAAAUCAACCGAAAUAAGUUGUAGGCAAUGUGCUUACUAUUUAAACUGAUCCUCGUUCAACCAAAAGAUCCAGAUUUUCAAUAAUUUGA